AUGUCAAUCGAAAAUCUCAAGACCUUUGACCCCUUCGCCGAGGCAGACGAAGACACAGGAGAGACCAAACAGUCGCAGAAUUACAUUCACAUUCGUAUUCAGCAGCGCAAUGGUCGUAAAACUCUGACUACAGUUCAGGGAUUGCCCAAGAAGUUUGACCAGAAGAAGAUCCUCAAGGUCAUCAAGAAGAAGUUCGCUUGCAAUGGCACCAUUGUCACGGACAAUGAGAUGGGAGAGGUGAUCCAGCUCCAGGGAGACCAGCGCAAGGAUGUGCAGGAAUUCCUCACCGACAAGAAGGAAGGGCUGGAGCUUGAUGUCAAGACCAUCAAGGUCCACGGUUUCUAA